CCCCAACGAUUUCGUCCCCACUCGCCGUGCUUAACGUUUAUACCACUAUCUCCAACAUGCCCAUAGCGGUUUAGCGUGCUGAUGCAUCCCCCGCUGAUAACCGGAACACGGCAUGUGCGCCCAGGCUCUCAUCUCCGGAUUGGCUCGUGGGUUUGGCCUCGUCCAUCUUCGCCAAUACAACCACACUACACCACACCACUAAAUCUGCUUCUCCCCCGUCGACCAGGGGCUUCUUUUAUCUCCACAGAGACCUGCAAACCGCCCUUGACCCUGGAUUUGAGAUCCUAUCGCAACGAUAACGGCCAGCCAUUCGGGGUUCGAACCGGUAUUGACCGGCGAUGAGGGGGGCCUUGAUACCGUGACCGUUGGAUACGACAUGGCUUUUUCGCACCAGACUAAUUCAACCAUGUAAAUGGGGAAUAAGACGAACAUGUCUCCCCCACACUCUUCCGCUGCUGUCGAAGCCGGCGAUCUGAUUCAACCUCUUCUUCGCAGAGUUAACGGCCCAGCAUACAGCACCAGCUCCGCAAUGGCAUCCAAAGAUGUCGAGACCAUCGCUGUGGCUCUGGACACAAAGCCGGGCCCCGAAGAUGCUACCCUGUCCGAGGCCAUCCGACUCGAACACAACUUGACCUUUUCCCAGGCCGUGAAGCUUUACCCCGCUGCCAUUGGGUGGUCUGCUUUUGUGUCCCUCGGGGUCAUCAUGCUGGCGUUUGACCCGCAACUACUAGGCAACCUCUACGCCACACCUCAAUUUCAACGGGAUUUUGGGCACGAGUAUGAAGGCAGUUACAUUAUCAGCGCUGCAUGGCAAACCGGGCUGUCCAUGGGAAACCCCGUUGGCCAAGUCGUCGGCGCCUUGUUCGCGGCGUACCCCAUGGACUGGUUCGGUAGGAAGUUGACGUUCGCCGCAUGUGUGGUGCUCACCGCCGGUAUCGUGUUCAUACAGUUUUUCGCGCGGUCAUUGCCCGUCCUGCUGGUCGGCGAGCUUAUUGGGGGCCUCGUCCUGGGUAUGUACGUCGUCAUCGCUCCGGCCUAUGCCUCUGAAGUCUGCCCCAUGGCUCUUCGUGGCCAUCUCACGUCCUACGUCAACCUCUGCUUCGUCAUAGGCCAGCUUCUGGCCAAUGGAGUGACGGCGGGGACUUCGAAGUUUGAUACCCACUGGGCGUACUCGCUCCCCUUCGCGCUCCAGUGGUUCUGGGUUCUGGUCAUUUUACCCGGCCUACUCUUUGUACCGGAGAGUCCCUGGUGGCUGGUCCGUAAGAACAGGAUGGACGAAGCAGAAAAAAGCCUCCGUCAGCUGGCGUCCAGCAAAGUCAAUAUCGCCGCUUCUUUGGCCUUCAUCGUUGAGACCGAUAGACUUGAGCAAGAGCUGGAAGCGGGCAGUACGUAUGAGGAUUGCUUGAAGGGUGUCAAUUUCAGACGAACCGAGAUUUCAGUUGGCGUCUACUGCACCCAGGUUCUUAGCGGCAUAUACCUCAUCAACUAUGGCACGUACUUCUUCCAGCAAGCCGGUCUGCCUACUGAUAAGGCAUUUGAUAUGGCCAUUGGGUUCCUUGCCGUCGGGUUUCUCGGCACCGUCAUAUCUUGGUACUUCUUAAUCCAUUACGGCAGGCGAACCAUCUAUAUCACCGGCUUAGCCGCCUUGGUGAUCUUGCAGCUACUCAUCGGCAUCCUUGAUUGCGUCCCGGGACGUCCGAAGGGCGUCGCUUGGGCGGAGUCGUCCUUGAUGCUCAUCUGGAACUUUGCCUACGAUCUAUCCGUUGGUCCCAUCUGCUUUGUCCUCAUCUCCGAAGCCUCGGCUACAAGAGUCCGGUCGAAAACGAUUGCCCUUGCAACAGCCGCUCAGGGAGUCCUUGGAAUCAUCAUGACUGUCGCUAUACCGUACAUGAUCAACCCUGACGAGGCAAACAUGCAGGGAAAGCUAGGGUUUUUCUUCGGGGGCCUGGCUGCCCUGUGCUUAGUCUGGGCCUGGUUCCGCGUCCCCGAGACAGCGGGGCGCACUUACGAAGAGCUCGACAUCUUGUUCGAACAGCGGGUCCCGGCGCGUAAGUUCAAGGGUUACGUCGUUGAGGGUAUGACUCCAGCCAACCAAGAGUGACGGACCAUGAAGAGUCACAAAGCGAACCAGGGGGCUUGGAACUACUAGAAGGGUAUUAAUAUUGGCUCUUGGGAUCGCUAAGGUUUCUGGACCACCUGCGACACAAAAUAUGGAUACAUCGUGUUGGCACUGCUAAGAAAGCUGUAUCUUGACUCCACCUCUUAUUCUAGAACAGCAGGAGUAUAGUAGUCAUUUCAGACCAGUUUUCAACUCCCAUCUCUCUUUGCGCCACCGAAAUA